GGGACGAGAAGCCGCAUGGGGACAGUGCCGGGAGCCCCCUCCCGGGCCCCGCAGGAGUGGGGUGACAACAACUGUCCGGCUCGGCCGAAGGAAGGGCGGCCCGGCGCUGUGCAGCCAAUGACCCCGCUCCCCGCGGGUCAGCGCUCAGGGACAUGGGGCUGGGCCGCCGCGGGCACGGGGGCGGGGAGGCCGCCUCCUGGCAAGGAGAGGGGGAUUUGCAGACGCUCCCUAGCUGCCCGCCCUCGCGCGGGAGGGGGCUGCCGUUGCCUGGAGACGGGACUAACGAACUCCGAGAGGAGAAUCCAACGCCCCCAACCGCCACGGGGGCGGCGGGAAUCGUCCGCAGCCCGGGAGCGGGCGGGGUCCUGCCCUGCUCUGCCUGGCCGCGGGGCGGACGCAGCACGCUGCAAGCUAAUAUUGGCAAUUGUGCUUGAAAUGCAAUCACUUUCCUGCUCUUCUAAGGAUAGUAGUCAGCCAUCACCUGAUAAGAAUAAAGAGAUGCUCCUAGGUUACCCCACCAGGCGUCGUAGUUGUGCUUUUGUAAAUACUCCAUCUCCAUGUGUUAACAAAGCUAUUAAUCACAUUCAAGAGCUGGAAAUAAAGAUAGAAAGCUCCUUUCAACAGCAUGAUCGUACACUUGAGAAGGAGAAAAUGCCAUGCAGGACUUUAACCUUAAAGCAGGAAACAGAAGCGGUGUUAUCAGAGGUCAUUGAGUUGAUUAAGCGACUAGAAGCUGAACGUAAAGAGGCUGAAGAAGCUUUGAAGCGGGAAAAACAGCGAAAGAAAAAGCUUGCAAUGAAAAUUGAUUGCAUGUCCAUUUGGAGGCUUCAGCAAUUCCCUAUAGCUGUACAAAAAGAACAUGAGAUUUGUACUCAAGAUUUCUCAGAACUACAGUGGCAUUUUGACUGUGCAAAUCGUCAGCUACAACAGGUAAAAGUCCAAAUACUUAAGACAGAGGCAGUUAAUGGAAGGAUUCAGGAGGAUAUAGACUUUGUGAAGAAAUACAGCCCUCUGCUGGAAGAAAAGCUGAAUCUUGAGGGUGACGCUAUGAAGGCUGUAUUGCUGGCACAUGGAAAGGCAUCAAAAUUAUAUUAUGAUGUUUAUCGGGAAGUUCUGAGAAUCCAGCAGGUUUUAAAACAAGUCACUGAAGAAGCUGAAAAGGAGAGAAAAUCUAUGGCUGAGAAAAUUAAAUAUGCUGAGAUAGUGUUGAAGCAGUACCAGAAUGAUUUAAAACACUCAGAAUUUCUUUGGACUGAAUUGUGUAUCAAGUUAAAAGAAACAGAGGAGAAGAUUAUUAAGGAAGAAAGACAUCUUGAAGAGUUAGUAAAGCAAAAAGAAGAGAUACAGGAAGAUGCUAAAUCUUGGAACAACAAAGUACAGGAUUUAAACAAUAAAACAUUGGCUCAAGAAAAUGAGAACAAAAGUUUAUUAGAUGCUUGUUCUGAAGUGAUUAAAGUGAUUGAAGAUUCAAAAACUAGCUGGGAAUCUGAACGGUUGAAUAUGAAAAAAAUGCUCCUCAAUACCCUUCAAGCAGUGGAUGAAUUGGAACGUGAAAAUAAAGAACUUGAGAGAGAAAAUGAAGAAUAUGUGCAAAAGUCCAGAGAAAGUUCAAGAAAAAAAAUAGCAUAUCAGUCAGAACUGCAGAUUAUAUGCAAAAACACCCGUAAGAUUGAAGAGCAAAUAAGAAAAGUGAAUAAAGAGCUAUAUAAUAUUGAAAUUGCUUAUGGUGAAGGAAAAAUAAAACUGGAGGAAUUAGAAGAAAAAAUCAUUCGAGAAAAAAUCCGGUACAAGAAUUUGGAAGAGAACAUAAAAAAAUUAAUUCGAGAGGAAAGAGGAACAUGGCAACUGACUCAGGCCAGGAUUAAAGCAAUGUAUAAUGAGCUAGAGCAAAAGAAAAAAGAUAGCAUCAAGACAAAAGAAGAAACUAUGAAAAGGAUAGCAGACAUUGAGGGACCAGUAGCUGAACUAGAAGCACAAUUUAUUGAAUAUAAAAAUAUACGUAAAGAAAAUAUUGAGAAACUUUAUAAUCUGAAUCAGAAGAUGCAAAAACUAGAUGAACAGAAGAAACAAGCAGAACAACAACUGGAGCACAAAAAGAGUUACAUGAUGAAUCAAUUAGCUGAUAUACAGGGAAAAUAUUCAGAUGUUUCCUGUCGGCUAGAUGAAACCAUUCACAUUAUUGAAAAUUUUCAAAACAGAAUUCAUGAAUUAAAUGAAUUAGCAGAGACAAAGCAAAGACAAAUUGAAACUACAGAGAAAUCCCUCAUAGAAUUGAGGGAAAAUUUUAGUGCUGUUAGCUGUAAGCAGGAGAAAAAUCAGAUGAUAAUUGAUUACCUCCAGAAUGAAUUAGAAAAAUAUGAGAAGAGAAUACAGCAUGAGGAAAAAACAUAUGGAGAAUUACUAUGGACUCGACAGAAAAAUUUGGAAGAUAUGAAGAUUACUCUGGAGCAGAUGAUAAAAGAAAAUUUGCGGUUAGCACAAGAGUAUCAGAUCUUUCAGA